CUGCGCUACAACCGCUACAGCAGUAGAAACAGUGGAUGCCAGAUAGGUGUGGCAGCCAUAUUGUGAAGUGAUUCAGGGGUCAGAUUAUCGGCGAACGUUUGUGAGGAUGGAAACGAAAGUAAACAAGAUAAAUGCGAUUUGAAAACAAAGACCUUUCGCAAUGACUCCAGGAAUCUCAAUGGGUGGAUUGUAUGCUCACCAGUGGUGAGGAAAUUGGAAUGUGGUAGUGUUUUAGAACCGUCCCCAUGUCGGAGACGGCCUUAAAACUGUCCACUCUCCAGGAUUCUGGCGGAGAUGGCAGCACAGGAGACAGGCGUUUACGUCAAUUGGAGUCCCUAUUUUUGGGAGGACCGAUUCAGGGUCAGGGACAGUGCUUCAGUAUUGAGACAUUGUUGGACAUCUUACUGGUAUUAUACGAUGAGUGUUGCAAUUCCUCUUUACGGAGGGAGAAGACUGUUUCAGAAUUUAUAGAAUUUGUUAAGCCAAUUGCAAGCAAUAUAAAAUCCUUACGUUUGUCACGAGAAGAUUUUGAGAUUGUUAAAGUAAUUGGCAGAGGAGCCUUUGGUGAAGUAUGUGUAGUCAAAUUGAAAGGUAGUGACAAAGUUUAUGCCAUGAAGAUACUGAACAAAUGGGAGAUGUUGAAGAGAGCUGAAACUGCUUGUUUCCAAGAAGAACGAGAUGUGUUAGUUUAUGGAGACCGGCGCUGGAUUACUAAUUUGCAUUAUGCCUUCCAAGAUGAGAGUAACCUGUAUUUAGUGAUGGACUAUUACUGUGGAGGGGAUUUAUUGACACUCCUAAGUAAAUUUGAAGACAGACUUCCCGAAGACAUGGCCAGAUUUUACAUAGCUGAAAUGAUUUUAGCAAUUGGUUCUAUCCAUGAUUUGCGCUAUGUGCAUCGAGAUAUAAAACCCGACAAUGUUCUGCUGUGCGCCAAUGGACAUAUCAGGCUUGCUGACUUUGGAUCCUGUUUAAAGCUAUCCCCAGAUGGAACAGUUCAAAGCAAUGUUGCUGUUGGCACACCUGACUACAUUUCUCCUGAAAUCUUACGUGCGAUGGAAGAUGGUCAAGGAAGGUAUGGGCCAGAGUGUGACUGGUGGUCUCUGGGAGUCUGCAUGUAUGAAAUGUUAUAUGGAGAAACACCUUUUUAUGCAGAAUCCCUUGUAGAAACGUAUGGAAAAAUUAUGAACCACAAGAACUGUUUUGAUUUUCCGUGUGAUGUUGGAUAUGAAGUAUCGGCUGAAGCCAAAGAUCUUAUGAAGAGACUGAUUUGUAGUUCAGAGUUAAGGCUGGGACAAAAUGGAAUUGAUGACUUUAAAAACCAUGCUUGGUUUGUUGGGGUGGAUUGGUUAAAUCUUCGAGACACAACAGCACCUUAUAUCCCAGAAGUCAGUAGUCCAACUGACACAUCUAACUUCGAUGUGGAUGAAGCAGACACUCGAAGCUCUGAUGCUGUCCCUCCCACAGCAUCAAAUCCUGCAUUUUCGGCUCUCCAUUUGCCUUUUGUUGGGUUCACAUUCACGUCAGGAAGUUGUAUCUCUGACUUGGGUAGUGUUCCCAGCAAUACAACUGUGAUAACUCGACGCAUCAAACAGUUAGAAGAGGAAAAUCAAACUCUAAAAAGAAACCUGCUUGAUGCCAAGGAAAACAAUUUGGUUCACUACCCUAAUGAUUUGUCAUCUAAUGAAGAAACUAAGAGGUUAUCUCCCACAACAGAAACUGCUAAUGGUACUCGACGCCUCCAAGAUGAAAUUAACACACUCACCAAAAGGAAUUGUGAGCUUGAAAAUCAAUUAAAAGUACUUGAACAACUUCAGAACCAGGGUCCAGACCUCAAAAUUCUUUCUAUGGAAGGAGAGUCAAGCUCUAGGGUACGAGAAUUGGAAAAAAUGGUUCGAAUGCUUCAGCAAGACAGAGAUGAGGCGCUGAAGGAUAAGGCUGAUGUCCAUGAAAAAAUUAAAAGUCAAGAAAAAGAAUUGAAAGAAGCUCUCACUCAAAGAAAACUGGCUAUGGAUGAAUACACUGAAGUGUCUGACAAGUUGUCAGAGCUUCGACAACAGAAACAAAAGCUUUCAAGGCAGGUGCGGGACAAAGAAGAAGAACUAGAGGUUGUCAUGUCAAAGGUGGACGCCUUGAGAAAUGACAUUAGAAAAGCAGAAAAACUUCGCAGAGAACUGGAAGCUAGAGUAGAUGAAGCUAUUGCUGAGGCUACAAAGGAACGGAAGCUGAGGGAGAGAAGCGAGGAGUACUGUCGACAGGUUGAAGCUGAAACUGAACAGCGCAUGCGAUCACGUGCUGACAGUACUAGCAGUUCUGCAGCUGUUCAUGCAAGUCAAGAAAUUGCAAGACUUAAAGCUGAAGUUGAGAAAAUUGAAGUUCAAUACAAUGAAGAUAUGAACCAGCAGCAGGCCCGCUAUAAUAUGGAGAUGUGCAGUCUACGAGAUCAAUUACAAGAAUCUGAAAACACACGGGAAGCUCUUGAAAGAGAGGUGGCUGUGUUCAAGGAACGGUUAGAUUCUAUUCGUCUUGAAAGUGUAGCAGAUAGUGAAGAAGCUGUUGCUGAGCUAAGUAGAAGGCAUGAUAGGGAUAAGGCAAUGCUACUUGAUGAAAAUAAGAAACUUAUGAUUGAAAUGGAAUCGGCUCGAGAUGCUUUGGCACGAAUGCAAGCUGAACGAAGACAACUUGAAAAUGAUUAUGAAGAUUUGCGCACUAAGAAGGAUGCAAUAGCACAAUGGGAAGCCCAAAUCACAGAAAUCAUUCAAUGGGUCAGUGAUGAAAAGGAUGCAAGAGGUUAUUUACAGGCCUUAGCCACCAAAAUGACAGAAGAGCUGGAGUACUUGAAACAUUCUGGUGUUGGCAACACUCCUGCAGCUGAUAAGAACUGGAGAAACAGGCGCAGCCAGAAGCUGGAUAAAAUGGAACUCCUUAAUCUUCAAAGCAGUUUACAGUCAGAAAUUCAAGCAAAGCAAGCGAUCAGCGAAGAACUUAGCAAAACACGCUCAGAACUAAUAGCAGCUCAAAAGGAAUUACGAGAUGUUCGUCAAAGGUUAGAUAACCUUUCGCAUGACGUUAAGCGUAAAGAAUCUCAGGUGAAAGAACUGCAAUCACGUUUGGACUCUGGAGAAGGAUCUGCUCACUCACCAUUUCUUAGAAGUGGAAACCAUGUCUUGGAAAGACCCUCAUCCCAGAUGUCCUAUUUGGAUCAUUUUUUGAAAGAAUCAUCUGUAAGACAUGGGGGAUCUGUUGAAAGCGAAGAGGGUGACAUUGAGGAUAAUCGUGCUCCGUCAGUCUCAAGUAGCAAGUCCAACCUUUCGGAGCUAAGCAUAGAUCCUGGCUCUCCAUUAGGGCUAGAUUUGAAUCUCAGUAUGGGCCACCACAGUGGAGGCAAGCUUCCCCCACAUCUUGUUCCUCACCACAUGAACAUAACGGCUAUGAAACCCAAGUCGCACCAAUUUCUUGUGCGUACAUUUAGCUCACCAACCAAAUGUAAUCACUGCACAUCACUCAUGGUGGGCUUGACAAGACAGGGCGUUGUCUGUGAAGUUUGUGGCUUUGCUUGUCACAUGUCCUGUUGUGACAAAGUACCAGCUGUCUGUCCUGUACCUCCUGAUCAAACUAAGAGACCUUUGGGCAUUGACCCUACAAGAGGCAUCGGAACAGCUUACGAGGGCUAUGUCAAAGUUCCAAAGACAGGUGGAGUUAAAAAGGGUUGGAUCAGACAAUUUGUGGUUGUGUGUGACUUCAAGUUGUUUUUGUAUGACAUAUCACCGGACCGAAAUGCUCUACCAUCAGUUUAUGUAUCACAAGUGUUAGACAUGAGGGAUGAGGACUUUGCUGUCAGCUCAGUUCGUGAAUCUGAUGUCAUACAUGCUACCAAAAAAGAUAUACCAUGCAUAUUUAGGAUUACUACAUCCUUGAUGGAUCCACCAUGGUUAAAGAACCAUACUUUAAUGUUAGCGGAUACAGAGAGUGAAAAGACCAAGUGGGUUGUUGCGUUAAGUGAGUUGCAUCGCAUCCUCAAACGCAACAAUUUACCAAACACCACUAUAUUCCGGGCAAAAGAAUUGCUGGAUAACACUCUAGCCUUCAUUAAAAAUGCAAUGUCAGGUGCAAUUAUUGACCCAGAUCGUCUAGUCAUAGGAACAGAAGAGGGGUUGUUCUGCUUGGAUUUGGAUCGUAAUGAAAUGGCUCGUGUUGGAGAAGGAAAGAAAGUAUAUCAGUUGGAAUAUGUGCCAGAAGAGCAACUUCUGGUGGUGUUGUCUGGGAAGCAGCGUCAUGUUCGCCUCAUUCCUGUACGUGCUUUGGAUGGAGAUGAUGUUGAAUGGAUAAAAGUUGCAGAAACUAAGGGUUGCCUGACAUUUGCGACUGGUGUGAUGUCACGGACUCCCCAACUUUCUUACUGUUUGUGUGUGGCCAUCAAAAGACAGAAUUCAUCUCAAGUAAUAAUUUAUGAAAUAACCAGAACUAAAACCCGUCACAAACGUUUGAGAGAGGUCAUGCUUCCAACAACAGCUCAGUCUCUGAACAUAAUGAGCGAAGGCCGACUUUGCAUUGGUUAUCAGUCUGGAUUCAGCGUUUAUAGCAUUGCUGGAGAUCAUCAUGCUAUUUCUUUAGUCCAUCCUGACAAUCAGCUGUUAGGAUUCCUGGCCUACAGUGCAGUGGAUGCAAUGCGAUGUGUGGAGUUGUCUCGAGGGGAAUUCCUUCUUGUAUUCCAGACUUUGGGUCUAUAUGUCGAUGCGCAAGGUCGCAAGUCGCGUGAUCGCGAGAUCAUGUACCCUGCUAUUCCUCUGUUUGUGAGCCAUUGUGAUGGGCACCUGCUGGUCUAUACUGAAACCCAUAUUGAUGUAUUCAAUGCUGCUUCAGGAGAGUGGGUUCAAACAGUAAAUGUGAAGCGAGCUCGCCCGCUUAAUUCAUCUGGUUCACUUAGUAUGUGUGUGAUCAAUGACAUGCCACACAUCAUCUACAUUUGCAAUGUACAUCAAAGAGAGCAAAUCAAUGUCACUGGAGUUGAUGCGUCAGGCAGGGUCAUUCCUCGACCUCGUCGAAGGUUUUCCAUGAGGGAAGGACACCGCACAGCGCGAGCUCCAGAUCGUCGAUCAAAAAUGAUAUCUGCACCGACUAAUUUCAAUCACAUAAGUCAUAUGGGUCCUGGUGAUGGAAUACAAAUACAACGACUGCUAGAUCUUCCAACUACCCUAGAAACAGCAGAUCAAAGGGGUUUCCAUAGUGGAGCAUCAAGUUCAUCAAAAAUGUCUGCCACACCUCCACGGCAUGCCCCUCAUCCACCCCCCCAUCAAGAGCAGCGUCGUUUGUCAGGAAACAUGCAGCGUACCCCUCCACCAACUUACACAGGACACAACGGAUCAAAUAUGUCUUCCAGACGAGGUAUGGCUCCACCUCGUCCUUCUGUGACCCCACCAUCUUUGCCUCGCUCUCCUGAUUCUGCUCCCAUGGAUGGUGCAGGCAACAGUGGAGAGCCAAUGGCGUCAAUGUCUUCUCUCUCACACCCUAGCCAUUCCAGUGUAUCCUCCUUGCAUGACAUAAUGCGGGAGGCUUCAGCAAGUGGUGGUAGUCCACGUCACUCCAUUGCUUCCAAUAACAGUAGCAAUCCGAGUACCCCACCCAGUCCUGCUCAUGGUGAUCAUGGUUCAUCUAGCUAUGAUAGCUAAUCAGGUGCAUUGGUUUCCCUACUUAACUCAUGGUUUAGUUUUGUGCUUAGUGAUCAUAAGCAUCCAAAGAUUGAAAUGUACAGCUUGAGAAAACAACCUGAGGGAGGUGGAAAAUUUGUUCCACCAUUGAUUGCGCUGUUUUUGUUUUAACUUUAUCUGUCACUUUGUCAAAAAGAUUUCAAGUUUGUUUCUUUGUUUGUUUGUUUGUUUGAUUGAUUUCUACUUUUUUAUCUCUUUUAAAAGUCAUCUUGACACCACAUAUGGCAAAGUGUUGAUUGAGGUUUGCAGUAGCAGGCCUCUAAACUCAAGAAGUGUGUGUCAAUAUUUAUUGCCAUCUAUGCGUAGACAUUAGUGAUAUUUUAAAUUAUUGAUGUUUUCUUUCUUAUUGUGUUUCUUAAGUGGUUGGUCACUUGAGACAGGUGUGAGUCUUAAGCUUUCUUUUCAUCUGCAUUCAUGCAUUAUUUGUAAUUUGUUUUCAUCAAAUGUUUGCAUUGUGCCAUCAAAUUUUUCAGUGGUACUUUAGAGACAACCUAUGAAUGCAUAUUUGUGAAUUUCAUUCAUGUCUCUAAAGUGUCUUUUGUACUUGACCUAAUGUUACAUAGUAUUUAUUUUGCAACAUACAGUAAGUUUGUAUCAUCACUCGACUCCUUUAAAUGAAAGACUCAGCAGGUUUUGCCACUGAAUUGAAAUAGUCUGAUUAGCUUCUUAUUUAAAAUGAAAUGUAACUAGUUGGCAGUUUUGCCUGGAAAGUAAUAAAAGUAGUGUUUCUGGGGCAAGCAUAAUGAGAAUUAGAAAUGCUUCACUUCAGUGAAAUGUGUCAAGGCUUUGUACUUUAUGACAUUAUUUGCAUGAAACUCCUUUUUCAUGUUAUGAACAAGCGGUGAUUAUUAAGGACAAAGACUCUUGACUGCUACCAUCCCUCUUGUGGGAAAAACAAAAUCUAGUAUUUGAAACAAGUAAUUGACCAAAAAGGAAUACUGCCACUGAUUGAAAAACAAACUCUGAUGACCAAAAUGUCAAUUAAAAGGACUCAAUUUUUUUUAAACUUUUUUUUUUGUUUCUCUCAUUUUUGCAUUGGUCUGAAAUUUUGAAUUAGUGUGUUUAAAUGUAUAGCUAUGCUAUGAACUAACUCAUGAACUUGGAUAUAUUGUUUUAGUUCCGUCACUGUAAGUUGCCAUUUGGAAGCUCAUCUUUUUGGUAUUUUGGUAAUACCAACAUAAAAUGAAACUAUCUUCAUGUGAAUGAUCAGUAUUUUCCCUUCUCUUGCUCUAGGAUCUGGCAUGUGCAAUCGCUCACCUUGGUAUUCAGGUGUACGUACUUAAAGGUCUGAAUGAUAAUAUCUUAGUUGUAACUUUUAUGAGUUUAAAAUGCAGUUGAUAAACCGUGUUAAAGUAAAUGUCAGAUCAGUGCAGUAUUGUGGUUAUAUAUUGUAACCCUCUUUGUUCCUGUUAUUUUUAGUCAAUGUCUUGAAAUAUUGCAAACCAUUUUGCAAGCAUUCAUAAAUGGAUUUGUAUUACUUAUUAUUUAUUAUUAUUGAAGAAAGCAUUGCCAAGCAAUUCUCUCUUUCAUUAUUUAUGUGUAUUAUGAUUUAUAGACAUACAUCUCUUAUUAGAGAGUUAUUAAUGCCUGCACGUCAUCCGCUGAAUUCUAUCUCUAAGGUUGUCUGUUUAUUGGCAGAUACUUGGCUUUCAGUACAUUUAAAAAUAUAUAUUUAUUGUGGUGUCUGUGGGUUAUCAUUGCAUGAUGUGCGAUGUGUCUCAGAAAUAGCUUCUAGUCAUUGUCAUAUUUUCAAUUAUUAUCAUAAUUGGUAUUACCAGCAUAUUGUUUCAUUUUUUCCAUUUCUUUCAUAUAUUUAUGUUCUACUUUUGUUUUGUUUUUAAUUUGCAACCUGUUUCAACCUGGACUCUGAGCUUAAACAAAAAUUGAUAUCAAGCACGCAUCCUCAUCUUAACCUUAUGUCCUUGUCAGCAGUUUACCAGUGGGUAAACUGAAAAGGAAGAAUGAUUAUGAAUAUUUAAAUUUAUCUCGGAGUGGGCAUCUUUCUGUUUAAUGAAAUUCACGCCUCUACACUCAACAAUAGGUAAGGGACAAUAAUAUAGGCCUCUUAGUAUAACACUGUAUUUCAUAUGAGUACAAAAUGUACGUACCUUAAUAACUAAGAACAAAUUCUAACAUAGACAUAGCAUUUUGUGUACGAAAUUUUCAUAUUGCAAUAAGAAAUUGUUGUAGGUCUUGUAUGCUUAAUAUGUAGCAUGAAUCAGUCUCAUGUUUAGUAUUAGACGCCAUUGAUAUGGACGGAGGGUGCAAGUUGGUGGAUGUUUGGUUGUUCUUUUAAUAACUCGCCAUGUAUGUUGCCAUGCCUCUAAUAAUUACUCUGCUCUAUGCCUCUUGUUUACUUAUUUCUAAAAAUGUCCUAAAUGCUCCAUUUGGUGAUUGGUGCAACAUAAGUUUCUUUUUCAAAUAAUAUUUGAGAAGCAAAAUUAGUUGCAGUGGGCAUGGUGCUAGGAAUCAUCUAACAAGUGUAUUAGCAACUGCUCAGGUUGUUGGUACUGUAUAUCCAGAAAGAUUCAUGCUAUGGUAAGGUAGACCUUGGUCUGGAUUAAACUGUACAUUUAAUUCUUAGGAGAAUUUUUAUGUUGAAGAUCUGUUGAUUUGUAUUGUAUUUUGUACUCACAUUAUUCAUGUUUUAUAGUCAUUGUCACAGAGGAUCUGUGUUCUUUGCUACAGAAGAAGUACGCACGUGAUAAAUUCUUCAUAAUCCUACUCUCGUAUUUUUGCCUGAGGGCAAACAAGUUUUCAUUUAUAAAUUGCCUAAUAUGCAUUUGUUCUGCAUUGCCAUUGGAUCCCAACAGGGGAUCCAAUAUUUGUGCAAAUGUGAUUCUUAGUGCUGUUUUAAGCCAAACAUUUGAAGUGAUGUGAUGUAGUUUUGUUAAAUGAUUGUCUUCUUUCAAAUUGAGUAUUGUCUCUCAGCUCUUUUCCACCACAUUUGUGCAUUUCCAUUACAAUUUACUGGCUCAGGGGAAGUUCAUGGUGAUUUAACAAACUUGUGGUGAAGCUGAUAAUGAUUAAACUAUGGUAAUUUCUCUUGUAUCUCUCAGAAGGUUUCCACCAAAAACAAUAUUACACUUUAAAAAUAAAAACAACAAUUACAACAACACCUAGUAACUAGAAUCUUGUGUAUAUACUGUUCCCCCUGCCCCUCUUUCUUUCAAAAGAAAUAAAUCUUUUCCUGUACAAUAAUUCUGAAAUAAAUGUUCACUGCAGGUUUC